AUGCAAGAAAGUCUUGUCUGCUCAGCCCACCACCCCGCCCAACAGACAUUUCUCUGCCCUUCUGGCAUGCAUAUUCACAUCAUCUCGGCAUUCCAUGGUCCUCAAGCCGCUCUCAUUCAGUCCAGAGACGCCCUCCCUGAGGGUCUGGUGCCAUGUCAUCCCCUAGACCUUUCCGCCUCAUCACCUUCCUCCGUUGCGGUCAACGAACUCAUUCCAUCCUUCUGUCUCUUGGCUAAGGAUGUCACUAAGGAACUUGCUGCCGUGACUUGA